AAUGGCGACGUCCGUGAUGGAUCCGUUGAAAGGGAUUUUAUUAGCGUAUUUCAUGCCCGAGAAAUGUUACGACGAGUUUUUCCUCAACUUCAAUUUCCUGGAUGUGCCAUGUCUGAAGAUUGUCUUGAGCAAAGCUCUGGGCAUUGGGAUCAUACUGGGCUCUGUCAUGGUGAAGCUGCCUCAGGUCUUUAAGUUGAUUGGUGCGAAGAGUGCCGAGGGCUUGAGCUUCAACUCCGUCCUGUUGGAGCUGUUCGCCAUCACCGGCACCAUGGCCUACUCUAUCGCCCACAGCUUCCCCUUCAGUGCCUGGGGUGAAGCCCUCUUCCUCAUGCUGCAGACAGUGGCCAUUGGGUUCCUUAUCCAGCACUACGGGGGAAACACGAUCAGAGGACUGGUGUUCCUCGUGCUCUACUUCUCCCUGGUGACUCUCCUCAUGUCUCCCCUCACCCCGCUGUCGGUAGUCACGAUGAUGCAGGCCUCCAACAUGCCCGCUAUCAUCGUGGGCCGGCUCAUCCAGGCUGGGACCAACUACAGGAAUGGCCACACGGGCCAGCUGUCGGCCAUCUCCGUCUUCCUGCUGUUCGCCGGCUCUCUGGCUCGCAUCUUCACCUCUGUGCAGGAGACAGGGGACUCGCUGAUGGCCCUGACGUACGUCAUCUCCUCCUGCUGUAACGGCCUCAUCGCCGCCCAGGUGCUCUACUACUGGAACUGUAGCCCCGCCCUCAAGAAGAAGGAGGAGUAGAGAUGUCCGACACGCACGCACACGCGUGCGCACACUCACAUAUAAACACAUGCAAACACUCACUCCCACACGUGUCCACACACUUGCAGGAUGCAUACAUGCAAGAACAAUCACAAACAUAUUCAUAUAAAUACACUCACAUGCACAUGCAGACAGAGACAGUCAAACUCAGGCAAGAAUGCAUAUACACACACA